AUGCAAAUGUCCAAUAGUCAGGCUGGGGCCAUCCCUGCCACCAACAUGCCACAGCAUCUGAAGCCUCGUCCUGUAGCCAGACUGUGUGCUAACCCCACCACCAACAUGUCACACCUGCUGUCCUGCCUUAAGAAGAGUGUGCAAACAUCCCACAAAUGGACAACACCAGAACCUGGCUCUGGAGGCCAAGAGACAUUGUGCUUCCUGGGCCCACAGGUCAUCUCCUACAUAAGACCACUGCUUGAAGAGUCUCCAAUAUAUCCUGGAAAUACAUGUCCUCCAAUAUAUGCAGGAAUCCUGCAUCUGCCAAGAAGCGACAUUCUCUACUCAUCUGGACAAUUCCAGGUAAUGGGACCAAGAACACCAGUCAUUGCCUUGGUUGGGGAAGAGGCUGUGGUUUCCUAUCACCUCAGCCCAUCAAUGGAUGCUCAGAACAUGGAAGUGAGUGAGUACCAAGGGAGGACAGAAUUCCUGAAGGAGAAUAUUACCAAAGGUCAUGUUGCCUUAAGGAUCCAUCCCAUCCAACCUUCCGAUGGUGGGGAUUAUACAUAUUUCUUUGAAAGCUCCACUUUCUACAAUGAAGCAAAAUUCAAAUUAUUGGUCACAGUUCCAGGUACGGCUCCUCAUAUUCAUCUACAGCCUGGCAGUAAGAGGGGCAUUAAAUUGACCUUCAGAUCCAUGGGGUGUUUUCCAGAGCCUGAAGUACAACGGAGGGACUUUCAAGGGUUGCACUUGGCACCAGCCUCUGAGACAAAGAGAAAAGAAGAAAAUGGGCUGUUUCAUCUGGAAUCAUCUAUCACAGUGAAUACAAGUUCAAGAGCAGAUGUGUCCUGUGUUAUAAGGAACCUAAUACUCAGUGUGGAGAAGGAGGUGCAUAUCUCCAUGACAGAUGACUUGUUCCCCAAGGACUGUCCUUGGGCAGUGGGGUUUGCCCUUCCGCUGUCUUUCUUGGCCAUUGGUAUAACAGCCUGUGUUCUACUUCUGUGUUCCAGAAAAGCCAAAGGUUCACUCAAGAAGAAGCAUGAGCCAAAACUAAUAACAUGUUCUUCCAUAGAAAAUGUUACCCUGGAUCCAGACACAGCUCACCCAUAUCUCCAAAUUGAUGAAGACAACAAAAGAGCAAAAGGAGGUGAUAUCUUUCAGGAACUACCCAAAUGUAGGCAGCGGUUUGAGAAACUGGUCUGCGUAUUAGGUCAGCAAUGUUUUUUCAGAGGUAGACACUACUGGGAAGUGAGUGUGAAAAAUAAAAUAAAAUGGACUAUCGGUAUUUGUAAGGAUUCUGUCUGCAGACAGGGAGAAAUCAUGUUAUCCCCAGAGACUGGAUUCUGGACACUGUGCUUGAAGAGAAGUAAUGGCCACCAAGCUCUUGCAAAUCGAUGGAUAACACUCCACCUUGAGGAAUCUCCUGAGAUUAUUGGUAUCUUCCUGGACUAUGAGGCUGGAAGAGCCUUUUAUAAUGUGACCAACCUGUCUCAUAUCUACACCUAUAAAAACUGCUUCACAGAGGCCCUGAGGCCAUACUUUUGUCCUGGCUUCCUCUACAGUGGUCUAAAUGGGCAUCCUCUAGCCAUUCUGCCAGUAAUAAAAUGCCAGGAAGAAGAUCUUCUUUGUGACUGAGGAAAAAUGGU